GGUGUUCACAGCCUGGCACCGGCGUUCCCGACCCCCAGGCAUUGCCAAGCCCGUCUUCCCCGCCCUCUACGGCUCGGAAGCCCCGUGCAUGUCCCAGGAGUUUGCCUGUGGCCUGCCCCCUUUGCUCCUGCCACCACCCGCCUCGGGCGCCGGAACAGGAGGCUCUCGGCUCCAUCAGGAACCACCUCUUGGGUCCGGCGGGCGCCCUCGCCCUGGGCGGCUCGCCCACCCCGGGCUCUCUGCCCACGGUGCCAGCUCUGCCGUAGAUCUCCCCAGUCCGCCGCAGCGGCCUAUGCUCGACGUAGGUUUUUCUUUCCCCUUCGGAGCCGUGACGGACUGGGGUUUUCUUCCCUGCUGCCUCCCCCUCGAUGGUCAGCGCGGCGCUGGCCCAGGACUGGGCAUUUCUGCUCGCUUUCUCUUUGGCGAGGCGGUUCCUCGCCGUCUGACCUUUGCUCUGCUGCCGCAUUUUAUGCUGUGCAACUGCGUUGCAGUUGCCUUUCCCUUCCCUGGCCUCUGCGGGGCCCGGGGCUUCUCGGCCUCCUCGUGUCUCCCUGUCCCCGGGCACCGAGCUGUGCCAGGCCUCGAGGCCGCCGGGCCGCACUGGGGCUGUGGUGGGGGCUGAAGGUGCGUUUACAUAACGCCGGGCGUGUGGGAGCUGGAGGAAGAGGUUGCGUGCGUAGGAGAGAUAAGGCUCUCGCUUUCCCUCCUUUCUUGGUGGUACCAGGCUUGACAUCCCUGAGAAGAGAGAAGGAGAGAGACGGGCCCCUAGAAGCCUGUUUCUCCGCACAGCCCAGAACCUCAGGCCCCAUGGAGCCCCCAAUCCCACAGAGCGUCGCCCUGACUCCCAGCUCGGUCAUGGUCCAGCCCCUUCUGGACAGCCGUAUGGCCCACAGCCGGCUCCAGCACCCGCUCACCAUCCUCCCCAUCGACCAGAUGAAGACCAGCCACGUGGAGAACGACUACAUAGACAGCCCUGGCUUGGCCCCCGCCACUGGCCCCAAGCGGACCCGGAGCGGAGCCCCGGAGCUGGCCCCGAUGCCCGCCCGCUGUGACCAGGAUGCCACCCACCACUGGAUUUCCUUCAGCGGGCGCCCCAGCUCCGUGAGCAGCAGCAGCAGCACGUCCUCCGACCAGCGCCUCUUGGACCACAUGGCCCCACCGCCCGUGGCCGACCAGGCCUCCCCGAGGGCCGUGCGCAUCCAGCCCAAGGUGAUCCACUGCAAGCCGCUGGACCUCAAGGGCCCGGCCGUGCCCCCGGAGCUGGACAAGCACUUCUUGCUGUGCGAGGCCUGCGGCAAGUGCAAGUGCAAGGAGUGCUCGUCGCCCCGGACGUUGCCCUCCUGCUGGGUCUGCAACCAGGAGUGCCUGUGCUCCGCGCAGACCCUGGUCAACUACGGCACCUGCAUGUGCCUCGUGCAGGGCGUCUUCUACCACUGCACCAACGAGGACGACGAGGGCUCCUGCGCCGACCACCCGUGCUCCUGCUCCCGCUCAAACUGCUGCGCCCGCUGGUCCUUCAUGGGCGCCCUCUCCCUGGUGCUGCCCUGCCUGCUCUGCUACCUGCCCGCCACCGGCUGCGUGAAGCUGGCCCAGCGCGGCUACGACCGCCUGCGCCGCCCCGGGUGCCGCUGCAAGCACACGAACAGCGUCAUCUGCAAGGCGGCCGCCGGGGACGCCAAGGCCAGCAGACCCGACAAGCCUUUCUGACACUCAGGGCCGAAGCCCCGGCGCUCCCCCUGGAAACCCGGUACCCUCGUGACACCUGGGAAGACCCUCACAGCGGGGAUCAGAGGCUCUCGCAUCCUGGGGCGGACCGGCUGGUCUGCCCAUCCCAUCUCCCCACCCACCCACCAAGCUUCGGAAAAAACAGAGCAGCCGUCGCCCACCCCCGCUCUCCCUCCAAAGGCUGAAGAAGCGCUUUGCGGUGUUUUUCAGGGUCUGGGGACUUUGCGUGGAACGGACAGUGGCAGAGGCGUGGUAUGGUUUGGGGGCGACUUUUCUUUUUCAGAAGAUGGAGCACAGAUGUGGACGCAUCCGGAAGCUGCAGCUGCUCGAAUGCCUUCCCAGGCCCCCCUCCGCCCGCCCUCUCUCCUCGCUCUUUUUUUGCAUUCUUUCUGGCUGCCUGGGAAGCAUUGGGAACUGAGUGGCCAGGGAACCUUGGAAGAAGAUCCUCGGAGUCCUGAUGCCCCCCACCAGCCUCCACCCCUCCUCCACCCUGGUUCGCCCCGACGUCUUGGGGAAGGUAUAGACCCUGAGAAGCCCUGUUGUAUAUACACACCUGGGAGCCCCCCUCGUUCCUCGCUCUGCCUCCCCGGAGCCAUGGAUGGAUUUAGGAACUACUGCACCGUACAUUUUUCUCCCUUCCAGCUUCCGCACUAACUCUCGGGGGUCGGGGGGAAAGGGGAGGGUGUUCCACUCCUAACACCGUCCUUCGGUUCUUACAGAGUCACAGACUCACCUGCCCGCUAUGUGUCCCCAGGUCUCUCUGCCCAGACCCUUUCCAGAAACUUCACGGGUAGAGAAGCCCAGGGCGGGCGAACGCAAGACCAAAUACCAUUUUGCCAAUGAGUCUGAGGCUGCGGUCUCCGGAUCCAGUCGUUAUGUUUUUAUAGAAUCAUUAAACCAGAUGCUAACGGUGUUUUAAAAAUAAUAAUAAUAAAACAUUUGCUUCCUUUUGGGCCACCCCCAGGAAGGGCUGAUUUCAAAAUCUGGGGGGGCGAGCAACCUCAAGGAGCACAAUCCCCCUCCCCACCAAGAAGGAUUUUCACAGCGGAGUGACAGUGGGGGCGAGCUGGGUGUGGUGUUUCUUCUGUCCCGAUGCUGCUGCUUGCUGUCAUAGGCUUUGUGUACAGUGUCUGUAUCUUUACUGUAAAUAGACAGAUGAUGGAAACAAGAGUCUAUUUUAGUGUUAGGAAGCCCUGGCGGGGUUGUCAGAAGAGUGUGGCUGAGGGAAAGAUUUUCCAGGGGCUUCUUGGGACGGAGCCUGCCUCCGCGCGCAGCCGCACGAGCCCCUCCCAACAGCCCCCAAAGACGUAGCAACUCUUUCUCUCAAGGUGCUAAAGGACUCAGAAAGUGCAGCUCGUCCAGUGGGUAGGUACUUGUUGCAUGCAAAAGCUAAUCGUGUGUCUGGUCCCCCCUCCCCGCCCCCCAGCUGCUGGGUGUGGGGGGUGCCUUUUGCUCCUUGCGUGGGAAUUUUUUGCCUCUCUCUGCCCCACCACAAGAGAAAGUGACCUGGGUCAGAAAAACUACCCCAGGGGAUGCUGGAAGUGCCAGAGACAUGGUACUUAUAGCAGUUUCCAGUUGGUUCUGUAGGAAAAGAACCGCCUCCAGGAGAGAGAGGAGGCAGAGAGCUGCGAGGGUCCCGCAGCCAGUGCUUCCCAAGGAUUUUUCUUUUUCUCCUUCCUGAAGACCGAUUGUGACAUCUUAUGAUUCAGCGUAAGUUAAUUGUAACCCUAGGUAUUUAUUGAUCGGAGGAAAGGAGGGGGCGGGUCUUAUUAUUUGAGGCUUUAUUUAUAUAACGUUUGCUAGCUUGUAAAAGGCGAAUAUGAAAUACUGCACCUGCAUUUUCUAAGGCUGAUCCUGUUGCGCUCCUGGCCCCGGCUGUGAUGGAUGUAUGGACAUUCUUGCACAAAUCCGAGGGAAUGGUAGGAAAAAAAGACACAUUCAGCCAACCACUUAUCCUCAUUGAAUGUAUCAGAUGUUAAUGAAGGGACUGGAGAUAUUUUCCUCAGAAUAGGUGGGCAGAGGUUACCCCCCCAAAAGAGGACACACGUCCACUCUUGGCGAGGCCUCAGAACUUUUCCCAAAGCCCCUCCCUCGAAUGUCUCCAUGGGAAACUUGACCCAGCGGCAAGUUGCACUUUGGUGAUCUUUGUACUACACGCCCAUUCUGUGGAGAAUUGAUUUACAUAAGCUGUGUAAACACACACACACACACACACACACACACACACACAUCCUUACCCCCACCCUGUCUAUCUACAGAGACCCCGUUUCCUGGCAAAUAGCCUCCUGAACCCUGACUUUUUGUGUAUAUAGUUGUAAACACGGAUUUUUCGGGGGGUUGGUUUUCUUUUCUUGUUUUCCUUCCCCGUCUUGGCUUGUUCUGUUUGGUUUGCGUUGAGCCUGCUGGAUGGACAUUUGCAGAACUCUCGGUGUCGCGCGCGUGCUCAGCCGCGGUUCUCCCCAGCUCUGUGGCAUAGCAGUCCACGGCAGGUUCCUCUCAGCUUCUUGGCCAAAAGAAGAAAACAAGAAAACGAAAACUGGCUUGCCUGUGGACCCCAGGGGCCCAUCAAGGGCCACGAGGGACCAAGCUCUCAGAAACACACCCCCUUUCUGGGGCUGCUUCGGGCUGAUGGUUUCCUGUCACCAGUGGCCUGCCUGGCUGGAGUGUGCCUCGUCUUGACCUCUUGUGAAAAGUGCCAGCUGCUUCCCACUUCUGUUCAGCCUGGAGUGGCUGGUGGUUCUGCCUGGGACUGGGGGUGGGGUCCACAUGAGCCUGAGUCUGAGACCCUUGUCCUAAGGGGCCACGCCUGUUUCCCCUUCGAGCGUGGGUUUCUGCAGCCCCACCCCCCCGGCCGGCACCCUGGGAACUGGGGGUAGAAGAGCCAAGCCGUUGCAGGUGAUGGCAAGGUGCCUCCAGCUCGAGGUCGCUAGCUGGGAGGUGUAAAGACUGGUCCCUGCUGUUGAUACGGGCUCCGCACAGCUGCCGGAGGUGGAAGACCUUCGUGUGAUGGGUUUGGUUCUUUGAGCGUUCUGGAGUCUGGGUAUGUCCCCGUUGGACCCCGAGGGAAGCCCAGUUAGAUUAUGCGGAGUCCAAGUGUGGAAAGUGGGUUGGGACCAGCAUCCAGAUCAAGUCACCUUCGUGAUCGCGCUGCCCCCGGAGACGUCCGGGGGGAUGCGGGCAGCACGACUUUGCACUGGAUGAGCCAUGAGGGCUUCCUGCAGACGUCCCCGGCCUUCUGGGUCAUAGCUUCAGUGAGCGUUCUCACGCCCUCGCUUGCUGUGACAGUUGGUGACAAGUCUUAGGCUGCCAUUUUCUGUCGUGGGUCACUUUUCUCUGCUCACUGCCCUGCAGUUUGGUUUCGUGUUACAAAACAGAAAAGCCUUCAAGGGUCCCAGCCUGGCACAUGUCCCCCCUUCACUGUAACCCCCUUCUCACCCCACAACAAACAUUCCCACAGAAGGUUUCCUUUGUAUAGAAUAUUUAUUUUGAAGCUCUAUUUUAAUAGUAUUUAUUUUAGAAAGUUUACUAUUGUAAGAGUUCUUCUGUUUGUGAAGAAAAAGCAAGUUAAAAACUGAAUGUACUGAUCUAGAAAAUAUAUAUAAAUAUAUAUUGUUAAAUAUACACAGGACU